CAGGGUCGGCCCCGCAGGCAGCUCACCCAUUGUGGGGGCGGGCUAGCGGAGCUGAGGCAAGAGGGGAACUUGGGGGGAGCUCGAGGUGGCGAGUGCAGGGUGACUGAGCAGUGGACCCCGCGCGGACGAAGGGAAAGCAUCGGGGAAAAUUGCUGGGGUGUAAGGAGGAUGCGGUGUAAGGAGGGUGCUGUGUAAGGGAGGGGGAUGCACCCUGGCCAGAGGAGAAGCUUCCCCGAAAGCGGCCAAGUCCCAGACACACCUGACGCCCAGACCUGCGGGACGGGGAGGGACAGGUUGAGCCCGGGCGUAGCAGUAGGCAGCCCCGGGUGUGAGGGCAGAGGAGUCCCUAGAGGGAAAGGAGGCGGUAGAACAGCUGCAUGAGUGCAGGGAGCGGGAAGGUACCAGGGCAGCCACUUCCCGCCGCUUCCAGCCCGGGUAGCAGGCGGAACAGCAGGGGGAGGAGCAACAGCUGCUGAAUUUGCCAACUAGAGGAGCGGGAGGCGGAGCGUGGGUCAGCAGCCGCUGAAGGCGCAGCCUGGACUAGUUUGCCGGGAGAGGCGAGAGCAGGAGCCGGAGCGGAGCGGAGCGCAGCCCUCGGAGCAUCAGCUACAGCAUCCCGCUCGGGGUUGCAGGUGUGUGGGAGGAGGAUUCACUGAUGCAUGCAGCACAAAAGAGCAAGACUUAAAGGCUUGAAACUAUUCCAACAUGGCUUUCCUUGGACUCUUCUCUUUGCUGGUUCUGCGAAAUUUGGCUUUAGGGGCCACUUACCCUGAUGAAACCAUUGCUGAGUUGUCAGUGAAUAUGUAUAAUCAUCUUCGAGCCACUGGAGAAGAUGAAAAUAUUCUUUUCUCCCCACUGAGUGUCACCCUUGCAAUGGGAAUGAUGGACCUUGCAGCCCAAGGGUCUACCCUGAAAGAAAUCCGUCAUUUGAUGGGAUAUGACAACCUGAAAAAUGGUGAAGAAUUUUCCCUUUUGAAAGAUUUUUCUAACAUGGUAACUGUUGAAGAGAGCCAGUAUGUGAUGAAAAUUGCCAGUUCCCUCUUUGUGCAAAAUGGAUUUCACGUCAAUGAUGAGUUUUUGAAAAUGAUGAAAAAAUAUUUUAAUGCAGAAGUAAAUCAUGUGGACUUCAGUCAAAAUAUAGCUGUGGCCAACCAUAUCAAUAAGUGGGUGGAGAAUAACACAAAUAAUCUGUUGAAAGAUUUGGUAUCCCCAAGGGAUUUUGACACUGUCACUCACCUGGCCCUCAUCAAUGCUGUCUAUUUCAAGGGAAACUGGAAGUCACAAUUUAGACCUGAAAAUACUAGAACCUUCUCCUUUACUAAAGAUGAUGAAAGUGAAGUUCAAAUUCCAAUGAUGUAUCAACAAGGAGAAUUUUAUUAUGGGGAAUUUAGUGAUGGCUCCAAUGAAGCUGGUGGUAUCUACCAAGUCCUAGAAAUCCCAUAUGAGGGAGAUGAGAUAAGCAUGAUGCUGGUUUUGUCCAGACAGGAAGUUCCACUGGCCGCUCUGGAGCCACUGGUCAAAGCACAGCUGAUUGAAGAAUGGGCAAACUCCGUGAAGAAGCAAAAAGUGGAAGUGUACCUGCCCAGGUUCACUGUGGAACAAGAAAUUGAUUUGAAAGAUGUUUUGAAGGCUCUUGGAAUAACUGAAGUUUUCAUCAAAAAUGCAAAUUUGACAACCUUGUCUGAUAACAAAGAGAUUUUCCUUUCCAAAGCGAUUCACAAGUCCUUUAUAGAGGUUAAUGAAGAAGGCUCAGAAGCUGCUGCCAGCUCAGGAAUGAUUGCAAUUAGUAGGAUGGCUGUGCUGUAUCCUCAAGUUAUUGUCGACCAUCCAUUUUUCUUCCUUAUCAGGAACAGAAGAACAGGUACAAUCCUAUUCAUGGGACGGGUCAUGCAUCCUGAAACAAUGAACACAAGUGGACAUGAUUUUGAAGAACUUUAAGUCAUUUCAUUUGAAUAACAUGAAAACAGUAGCUAAGCCCACUCUGUUUGUAACUGGUAUAUAUUUAACAUUUGUGUUUUACAGUAUAUCUUAAGAUAAUAUUUAACAUAGCUAUAGAUAAAAACAAGGUAUGUAAAUUAUAAGCCAAAUUGUCAAGGAAUGUUAUCAGUAUUAUUGAGGCAAUGGUCCUGUCAUGUCACUGUGUUUGUUGUGCUGGUAUUUAAAAUAAAAGUACAUGUUGAAUAUGUGAA